AGCCACUAUCCAUCCAGGAAAAAAACAGAGCUGUCACAGUGGAAACUGUCCUCCUGUUGCUGUGACUGACCGAAGACACAUCUGACAGGAGGCCAGGGAUCAGUUCACUUUGAAGAUCAUCUCAAGAUGUUGCCUCAACACCUGAAGCAGAUCCGAGUCCUAAUGCUUAACGACAAGGAGAGUUUGGAGAGGACUCUGUUCAGACUUGAACAAGGGUUUGAGCUCCAGUUCCGCCUUGGUCCGAGCCUUCAGGGAAAGAGGGUCAUGGUGCACACCAACUAUCCAAUUGAAGGAAAGGAGUUUGAGCGAAACAACUUCCGCGUUUUGGGCUGGAGCUACCCAACAGGAAGGGAGGAUGACUCUGAUAAGUUCUGCUCUCUGGACCUCAAGAUGGCCGGGUCCUAUCAGUACUACUUUGGAUAUGGAGCCACCGAGCGGUCAGGCGGAGGAUACAUCGUAGUCGACCCAGUUCUUCGCGUUGGAGCGGAUAACGACAUCCUCCCAUUAGACUGCAUCACCAUCCAGACCUACCUGUCCAAAUGUCUGGGACACUUAGAUGACUGGCCAGAUAGACUGAGAGUAGCCAAGGAGUCAGGGUACAACAUGAUCCACUUCACACCCCUGCAGACUCUAGGAGAGUCCAGGUCCUGUUACUCCUUGGCAGACCAGCUCAACUUUAACCCUGAGUUUAGCCCCGCCGGUCAGAGCUACAGCUGGGAAGAUGUGGGGGCGCUGGUGGAGAUGUUAAAGAAGGAAUGGAACAUGCUGUGUAUUACAGAUGUGGUGUAUAAUCACACUGCUGCUAACAGUGGGUGGAUCAAAGAACAUCCAGAGUGUGGGUACAACCUGGUGAACUCUCCCCACCUGCGACCAGCCUGGGUCUUAGAUAGAGCUCUGUGGCAUUUAACCACCAGAGUAGCAGAGGGACGCUAUGAAGCUAAAGGACUUCCUGCUGAUAUUACCAACGAGAGCCAUCUGAAUGCCAUCCGUAGUGUGCUGUGGCAGGACGUGUAUCCUCAGCUCAAACUGUGGGAGUUCUACCAGGUCAAAGUGGACGUUGUUGUGGAGCAGUUCAGGACCCUACUGCUAAAUGGCACCAAGCCAGACCACAGUAAGACCGAGGGGAAGAAGGGUCUGAGGAUCAUUCAGGACCCACAUUACCGUCGUUAUGGCAGCACAGUGGACAUGGACUCUGCUCUGGAGACCUUUGUACCUCACAGCUCCUCCCCACAGCACAUUGAGGAGUGCUGCGGUUGGCUGAGACAGAAAGUGAACGAGCUGAAUGAAGAAAAGCUCCACAUUGUGCACCAGCAUCAGGAGCAGGCUGCCAACUGUAUUGUGGGAAACGUAGUGUACGAGCGUCUGGCAGACCACGGCCCCAAACUCGGUCCUGUUUGCACGAAAAACCCUAUGGUUACCAGGUAUUUCACCUUCCCUUAUCCGGUCAUGACUCUGGAGCAGGAGCUGCAGCUGCUCGACCAGCCAGACAAGACGUGUCACUUCCUGGCUCACAACGGUUGGGUGAUGAGUGACGAUCCGCUGCGCAACUUUGCCGAGCCAGGCUCCAACGUGUACGUGCGUCGGGAGCUGGUGUGCUGGGGUGACAGUGUCAAACUCCGCUAUGGCAACGGGCCCGAGGACUGCCCGUACCUGUGGGCACACAUGCAGAAAUACACUGAAAUCACAGCCAAAUAUUUCCAUGGAGUGAGACUGGACAACUGCCACUCGACACCAUUACAUGUAGCUGAGGCCAUGUUAGAUGCAGCCAGAGCAGUCAGACCCAAUCUGUAUGUGAUAGCUGAACUGUUUACAGGCAGCGAGCUCAUUGACAAUGUGUUUGUGAACCGGCUGGGAAUUAGCAGCCUUAUACGAGAGGCCAUGUCCGCUGGAGACAGCCAUGAAGAGGGCCGGCUGGUCUAUCGUUACGGAGGCGAGCCAGUCGGAGCUUGUGUUCAGCCCAGCCUCCGCCCACUGAUGCCCUCCAUCGCCCAUGCCAUGUUUCUCGACGUAACCCAUGACAACGAGUGUCCCAUACAGCUGCGUUCAGCACUGGACUCCCUCCCCAGCUCUGCUAUGGUCUCUAUGGCCUGCUGUGCUACUGGUUCCACCAGAGGAUAUGAUGAAUUAGUGCCACAUCAGAUCUCUGUGGUGAAGGAGGAGCGUUUUUACCCCAAGUGGAACCCCUCGGCGCCCCCCAGCUCCACUGGUGAGGUUGGACUCCAGACUGGCAUCAUAGCUGGGAAACUGGCACUCAACAAGCUGCACCAGGAACUGGCUUCCCAGGGAUUCAUACAGGUGUUUGUAGACCAGGUUAAUGCAGACAUUGUUGCAGUUACUCGACACUGUCCCAGCACACACCAGUCCGUGGUGGCGGUGUGCAGGACCGCCUUCUGGAACCCCAAAACCCACCAGUACGACACCGACGUCCCACCCAUGUUCAUACCAGGGAAGAUCGAGGAAGUGGUACUGCAGGCAAGGACAGUGGAAAGGCAUGCUGGGUGUUAUAAGAAGGAUGACAACUACAUCAACGGCAUGCCAGAAUACACUGUGGAAAUAAAGGAGCACAUAUCGUUACAGGAGAGUACAGUGGUGAAGCAAGCCGGAGUGAUAUCUAAAGGUGCAUCCGAGUUUGUGCAGGAAAUCACCUUUCAGAAGUUGACACCUGGCAGCGUCAUAGCCUUCAGGGUCAGUUUGGACCCCAAGGCCCAGAAAAUGGCGGGGUUGCUGAGGUUUUAUCUGUCGCAGUUCAGCCCAAAAUACAGGCGAGGCAGUGUAGCGGAUGAAAACCCACCACAAGCACUGCAGAAACCCCUGGCACAGCUGAUGUCCAGGCUGACGUUAGCAGACCUGAAUGUCCUGCUGUUUCGCUGCGACUCCGAAGAACAAGAAGAUGGAGGAGGCUGUUACAGCAUCCCAGGAUGGGAGAGCCUCAAAUACGCUGGACUACAAGGUCUGAUGUCAGUGCUGGCUGAUAUCCGUCCCAACAAUGACUUGGGCCAUCCGGUGUGUGCUAACCUCAGACAGGGGGACUGGCUGAUAGACUUUGUCUCCAACAGACUGAUAAACAGAGAGGGACCACUGGCACAGGUGGGCCAGUGGUUGGGAGCUAUGUUCGACUUCUUGAAACACAUCCCCCGCUACCUCGUCCCCUGUUACUUUGAUGCCAUCCUGGUGUCAACCUACACUACAGCCCUGGACGCCACUCACAAGCUCAUGUCGAGCUUCAUCCAGAAUGGCUCCAGCUUUGUUCGUUACCUGGCGCUGGGUUCAGUUCAGAUGUGUGGCGUCGGACGCUUUCCCGCCCUCCCUCCCAUUUCAACGAAAAUCAAGGAUGUUCCCUACCGCAUCAGUCCCAUCACAGGCGAGAAGGAGCAGUGCUGUGUCUCAUUGGCUGCAGGUCUUCCUCAUUUCUCCUCUGGGAUUUUCCGUUGUUGGGGCAGAGACACUUUCAUCGCUCUCAGAGGACUGAUGCUGCUCACUGGGAGACACACUGAAGCUCGUAACAUCAUCUUGGCCUUCGCGGGGACUUUGCGUCACGGUUUGAUCCCCAACCUGCUGGGUGAGGGUCGCUGUGCUCGAUACAACUGUCGUGAUGCUGUGUGGUGGUGGCUGCAGUGCAUCCAGGACUACGCUACCCACGUUCCUGAAGGGCAUGAAAUCCUUCGCUGCCCUGUCACACGCAUGUUCCCCACUGAUGACUGUGAACCCCUGGCACCUGGAGAGGUGGAACAGCCUCUGUAUGAUGUGAUCCAUGAGGCUCUGCAGCGCCACCUAAAGGGAAUUUCCUUCAGAGAGAGAAAUGCUGGAUCCAAGAUAGACAUGAACAUGAGAGAAGAAGGGUUUAACGUGGCUACUAACGUGGAUCCGGCCACAGGUUUUGUGACUGGAGGAAACCGCUUUAACUGUGGCACAUGGAUGGACAAAAUGGGAGAGAGUGAGAGAGCGAGGAACAAAGGCAUGCCUGCUACUCCAAGAGACGGAGCAGCGGUGGAGAUAGUCGGUCUCAGUAAGUCAGCUGUUCGCUGGGUUGUGGAGCUCCAUGCCAAAGGACUGUUCCCUUAUGAUGGAGUUAAAGUACACAGAGAUGGUAAAGAAGUGUUCAUCUCGUACUCCCAGUGGAACCAGCAGCUCCAGCAGUCCUUUGAAGCAGGUUUCUGGGUGUCUGGCGACCCAAAAGACCCCAACGAGAAGCACCCUGAUCUGGUGCACAAAAAGGGCAUCUAUAAGGACAGCUAUGGAGCCUCCAGCCCCUGGUGUGACUACCAGCUGAGACCCAACUUCACUAUUGCCAUGGUGGUGGCUCCAGAGCUGUUCACAGCGGAGAGAGCAUGGAUGGCUCUCGACAUGGCUGAGAAGAAACUACUGGGAGCACUGGGAAUGAAGACCCUUGACCCUGAUGACAUGGUGUACUGUGGUGUCUAUGACAACGCUCUGGACAACGACAACUACAACGUGGCAAAAGGCUUCAACUAUCACCAAGGCCCAGAGUGGCUGUGGCCGGUGGGCUACUUCCUGCGUGCUAAACUCUACUUUGCCAAGAAGCUGGGAGAAGAAGCGUACGCUAAAACAGUCACGCUGGUGAAAAAUGUUCUGUCUCGACAUUAUACCCACCUGGAGAGGUCUCCGUGGAAGGGUCUGCCAGAGCUGACCAAUGAGAAUGGCCAGUACUGCUCGUUCAGCUGUGAGACCCAGGCCUGGUCUCUGGCCACCGUGCUGGAGGUCCUGUAUGAUCUCUAAAUACCCAUUCCCCCCCCACCCCUCCGAUGUGAUGCAGUCUUACUUUACUUUCAGACGCAGAGCUAGCUUUGCUUUAAAGGUUCAUUUUGUUUAGAUUUCCCACCUGGACGUAGUGCCACAGUUUUCAGUGCGUUCACAUGAACUUUAACUAUGAGGAUAGUUGAGGCUCAGACGCACCAACCCCAUUAUCGGCCGUCGGAUGUGGCGAGAUCGGUGACCCGAGUCUGUUCGGUGUGUUCCGUGCCGUCGUCAGUCGGAGGAGGCCCAUUUUGGCCCAUUUGACUUGUUGAAUCGGCCAAUCUGAUUGGUGGAGCGCUAGCCCUUGACACAAGAAGAAGCCUUAGAGCUGACAACGGCAGUAUCUUCUCAUUGCUAGCCAUCGUAUUUUCUUCCGUUUGGCGAGUAAUGACAACAACGAUCCUUCUUGACUACUACCAACACUCUCUGAUGAAAACGACUGACGACAGCGUGCUCUGUGUUUACGAGGUCUAGAGACAUAUUCCGUCAUUCUGUUAAUUUUUUGGGCGACAAUACAGAUUAGAGCCGCCUGCUGUUAUGGAGAUGCGUUACGUCUUAGAGGCCUCUAACUAUCCUCAUCAAAGAUUUGCUUCCUCUCAUUGAACAUAAACCGGAGCUCACAUCUCACCACUCCCUGUGUGUUUGCACCCUUAGUCUUUAAAUGAUGAUUGAUGAUUAGUCUUUUACUUCCGUGUCUUGCACACAAAGUGCCCAACCCCUCAGGGGGGUUCACGAGACACCAAAAUGUCAGUUGCAGCGUUCAACCAUUUCAUUAAAUUUCACAAAAUCACCGGUUAUUUUACAGCUCGUUGUUGAACAAAAUCUUCUUUCCCAAGCUCCGAUUUGUUCAUAAUCAUAAAUAGAAGUUCAUUUUUAGUAAAAACUACAUCCCUUAAAGGAGAACUCCGGACGAUUUUUUACCUGAAUCUAGAUCGCUAGAUGUAUCCGAGUACUGUUGAUAAGAA